AUCUCGCCUGGGCCCGGUAUAUGGGCCUUUCGUCCGAAUUAUUUGGCCCAGUUUGAAUUUAUUUGCCCGGCCCAGCUUCUAGGGCCUUCAUGUUACGCUUCUGCUCAUAUAAAAGCACGAACGCAAAUGUCCCAACCCUAGAAUCGCUGUUUUUCCUCUCGCUCCUCCUGUGGGCGGCGCCGCCGCUGCGCACAGAACACAUCCUCGCCAGCGUAGCUUCUCCGGCGUCCGGCCAACGCGCUCACUAGCCUCCCGCCUUCCUCCACAUCUCCUCGCCUCCACCCCAUCCAGUUCGUGCCAUUCGCUGCUCCAAGACAAGGGCAUGGCGCUCGGCGGCUGCGGCAACGAAGCUGAUGGUGCACGAGCCAACCAUGGAGGCAGUAGCACGGGGCAGCGACAGCAGCAUGGAGGGCGUCCUCUUGUUUGGGAAGGUAAUGGAACUGCAAAUAGGAGUGGCAGCGGCGACCAGGAUGCAAAUGGAAGUGGUUCCCAAAGACCUUGGAAAGGACUUAAAGACAAUAACUUAUAUGAUCCUUGGAACCAUGCAUGGCCGUAUUAUGGGGGUUUUGAUUGCACGUACUGCAGCCUAAAGCACAAAGGUGGAGGUGCAACCCGUGUCGCGGAGCACCUUGGUGGUAUUGUAGGUAAUGUGAGGAGCUGUCCCAAUGUGCCAAGAAAUGUGAGAGAUGCAAUGAGAGAGUUGCCAGAUUGGCAGAAGAAGCUGCGGCGAGAAUGGGGCCAACCCAAUGGUGGUUUCAGUUUGGAGGGGAUGUUCCUGCAUUGCAGAAAUGUGCAAUGAGAAUUUGCUCACGAUGUGUCUCCUCUAGUGGGUGUGAGAGAAAUUGGAGCGCUUUUGCUUUGGUGCACACAAAGCAAAGAAGUCGUCUUCUAUAUGACAAGCUCCACAAGCUAGUUUCUGUACGCUACAACUUAAAGAUACGUGCUGAAGAAGAUCAAGAGAAAGAGAGAGAUAUAGAUAAAGAAAUUGAUCCAAGUGCUGUUUUUGAGGAUGUAGAGGAUCCGAUUGUGGAUGGAGCUGAUGCAGCUAGUGCUGUUUUUGAGCAAAUAAGGCGCCUCAACUCAAGCAGGAAGGCGUCUUAUGUUGGUUCAAAGGGUAAUAACAAGAAAAGAAAGAGGAAUGAUGAUGAUGAGAAUGAGUUUCUUGAAACUGAGAGUGAGGAUGAUGAAGAAGAGAAUGAAUAUGUUGAUAAUGACAUCGAGGAUGAUGAUGGGGUGAGUGAGGAUGAUGAGGAUGGCGAACAACAUCAGCUAGAGACACAAAUGCAACUUGAAGAAGAGACACAAGUACAAGUUCAAAAGGAGGCACCAACAAGCACUGGCCAUUUGGAGACUAGAUCUGGACGACUUAUUAGGAAGAAGACCAAGAACGUCAACGGCCUCUACUCGUAAAUUUGAAAUGGCACGUGAGCAAAGGAUAUCAAGAAGCUUUUGGAUGUUGGGAAGCUUGGAGCUGAUGCUUCAAAUAAGCUGAUGGUUGUCUUUUGGAGAUGUUUCUAUGUUUAAUGCUUUAAAGUCUUUUGGCUGUACUGGACUAUUUAAACUUUGAACUAUGCUGUGAUGCUUGAACUGAUGCUGGACGGUUAAGGGUUUAUGUCAGAGGCAACUUUAUAACUAAUGUGUGCCUGUUAUGUUGGACUGUUAAGGGUUAUGUUGGAGGCAAUUUUAUAACUAAUGUGUGUCUGCUAUGUUGGAUUGUUAACUGUUAUGUUGGAGGCAACAUUAUAGCUAACGUGUGCCUGUUAUGUUGGGCAGAUUCAAUUUUCUUAAUCCCUAGAGCUUAUUUGCUAAAGUUUAUAAGAUC